AUGGCCUCCCCUGCUGCGUCUACCGGUGACAUCACCAUGAUGCAUGCUGACGUCAUGGAGAGCCUUGUAUCCCUGGCCAUGGAAUGCACUGCCAUGCCCGCUGCCUCGCGCCCCUCCAUGGCCAAAGUGCUCUCACAGCUGAAGCAGCUCCAUGAGGAGGUGGUGAGGCGGGAGGAGGAGAGCGGAUUGGAGCAAGGGAGUGGAUUCGUAGGAGUGGAUGUGGGUGUGGAGGGAGUGGGAGGGGUGGGAGGGAUGGUGAAGGAGAAGUGGGAGAGCCUGGAUAAUGGGGUGUCAAUGAUGAGUGAGACGCCGGUCUGUGAGGGAUACAACGGGCAGCUUGGAGGGGAAUGA